GAGAAUGUGGAACGGGGUAAUUGGUCUUCGAAGACUGAUUACCUGCUCUCAAUGAUUGGUAAUGCAGUGGGAUUUGGCAACGUUUGGAGAUUUCCUUACCUGGCUUACAAAAACGGAGGAGGUGCAUUCCUUAUUCCUUACUCUGUCAUGCUGGCCCUUGUUGGGAUACCAUUGUUUUUCUUGGAGUGUUCCUUUGGUCAGUUUGCCAGCCUCGGGCCUGUUGCAGUGUGGAGGGCUGUGCCUAUGUUACAAGGUGUGGGGAUUUCUUCGAUGCUUCUGAUUACAAUGUCCAACAUUUCGUACAACUGCAUCGUUGGCUACAGUCUAUACUACCUGUUUGCUUCCUUUCAAUCGCCCCUGCCGUGGGCAGACUGCUUCAGUUGGUGGGGAGCAGAUGAAACAUGCAGCAGGACCCCCAAAGACCCACUCUGCAAUCUCACUCUGAAUGAUGGAUGUUUUGAAAUCGUUAAUACAACAUGGCUGCAGGCAAACAAUGAAUCUUGUCCAAAUGGAUCAGAAAUGUCCAUUCCUCACCAGGGCCCGAGCGAGCAAUACUGGGAUAAAGUAGUUUUACGCCGUUCCAGUUCAAUGGAUGAGACUGGGGAGGUAAUCUGGUAUUUAGCCCUCUGUCUGCUUCUUGCCUGGCUAAUAGUUGGGGCAGCAUUAUCAAAAGGAAUCAAAUCUUCAGGAAAGAUGGUUUAUUUCACUGCGACAUUCCCUUACAUGGUUCUGACCAUACUUCUAAUCCGAGGGAUGACCCUGGAGGGAGCUUCUAAAGGAAUUGAAUUCUACAUCGGAAGCCAGUCAGACUUCUCCAGACUGGCUGAUGCUGAGGUCUGGAAAGAUGCUGCGACUCAAAUUUUCUUUUCUAUCUCAGUGGGUUGGGGAAGUUUAGUAACACUGUCGUCCUACAACAAGUUCCACAAUAACUGCUACAGAGAUACCAUCGUUGUCUGUGUUGUUAAUUGUGCUACGAGUGUGUUUGCUGGAUUUGUCAUCUUUUCCAUCCUGGGACACAUGGCUCACAUACAAGAUAAGCCCGUUUCAGAGGUUGCCCAGUCAGGUUUUGGUUUGGUCUUCAUUGCCUACCCAGAGGCCCUUGCACAGUUACCGUGGGCACCAUUAUGGUCUGUUUCAUUUUUCUUCAUGCUGCUCACUCUGGGAGUUGACACACAGUUUGCAGGUUUAGAUUUCCAGCAUCCACAUUCCUUUGCUUUUAGAAUUCCGCAGGUGGCAGAACAGCCUGAUCCCUAUGCCUUUAACUUUCAGAUACAUGUACCUGUGAACGCUCAUGCACGGCUGCAUGUGGAAUACUCUCUGCUUCCCAUCAGCUCCACCACGAUUGUCACUGCUGGAAUUUACUGGUUAAAUUUUAUGGAUCAUUACGCUAUGAACUGGAUUCUCGUUAUAACAGCUCUCCUGCAACUCAUCGGUCUCAGCUGGAUCUAUGGGACAAACAGAUUCAUCAAGGACAUUGAGAUGAUGAUUGGGGAAAGGACUUGGCUCUUUUGGCUCUGGUGGAGAAUGUGUUGGAUUCUGAUCUCUCCGUGUUUGCUGGUGGCAGUCUUAAUCUGGUCCUUAGCAACACUCACCCCUCCAACAUAUGGACCUGUUGAAUACCCUGUCUGGUCAGUAGCACUGGGCUGGUGUAUGGCCAUCUUCUGUAUUAUGUGGAUCCCCAUUGUGGCCGUGGUGAGAGUUGUCCAAGCUGAGGGCCCCACCUUGUGGCAGAAAAUAUCUGCUGCUUGCACAUCAGCUCCUGAUUGGGGUCCCUACUUGGAGCAACACAGAGGGGAAAGAUACAGGAAGAAGCCUGACUCUACAGAAGACCCAAACUGUGUGCACCUUCUGGUCAUUCCUGAGAAGUGA